GUUAGCGCCGGAAGUUGCCCCGCGCGGCCUGAGAGCGUUCGUAAGCGGCGCGGGGCGCCCGUUGCCAUGGAGCCGGCCGGGCCGUGCGGUUUUUGCCCGGCCGGGGAGGCCCAGCCCGCGCGCUACACCUGUCCUCGCUGUAAUGUGCCCUACUGCUCCCUGCGCUGCUACCGGGCGCAUGGCACCUGCGCCGAAGACUUCUACCGGGACCAGGUGCUGGGCGAGCUUCGCGGCCGCAGCGCCUCGCCCAGCCGUCUGGCCAGCGCCCUACGCCGGCUGCGUCGGCAACGCGAGACCGAGGACGACCCCGAGGACGCAGGCCUCAGGCCUGGCCCGGCGCCAGGCGGGCCCUCCAGACUCUGGGAGCUACUGGCCCCGGCAGAGAAGGUGGCCUUCGAGCGGCUGCUGAAUCGUGGCGAGGCCGGGCGGCUGCUGCCCCCAUGGAGGCCGUGGUGGUGGGGCCGCGGGGCUGGGCCGCGGCUUCUGGAGGAGGUGGGUGAUGCUGCGGACCGUGACCCUGCGGAGCUGGAGCCCACCCCCGCGAGGACGCCCCCGGAACCCGUGAAGGAGGCCGCCGCUGAGCCGUUUCUCGAAGACCCUCCCGAGGCCUGCGCGCCCGCCGUGCCCACCCGGAUCCCCGUGCUGGCCAGUCUGAGCCGCGGCCGGGCCUCGCCGCUCGUGCGCUUCCAGCUGCCCAACGUGCUGUUCGCCUAUGCGCACACUCUCGUCUUGUAUCACGGCGGCGACGAAGCACUGCUCUCUGACUUCUGUGCCACACUGCUCGGCGUUUCCGGAGCCCUGGGUGCGCAGCAGGUCUUCGCCUCUGCUGAGGAAGCCCUGCAGGCCGCAGCCCAGGUGCUGGAAGCGGGCGAGCAUCCGCCUGGGCCCCUGGGCACACGGGGUGCCAUACGCGAAGCCGCCCGCAUCCUGAUGGGUGAAAGCCCCGCCAACCGGAAAGGCUACACGCUGGCAGCCCUGGGGCACCUGGCACAGACCCUGAGCCAGGCCCGGAAGCAAGCUGUGGCUACGGAAGAGCGAGAUCGCCUCUAUCGGGCGCGGAAGAAGUGCCAGUUCCUGCUGGCUUGGAGCAAUGAAAAUGAGGCGGCCCUCACAUCCCUGGCUCUAGAUUGUGCAAGGGCCCAUCGAGCCCAUGCUGUGGCGGCCGAGGAGGUGGUAGCCCUCACCGAGGAGUUGGAGCAGCUUUGGGGAGGACCCCUGCCACCUGCUCCAAGAAUUCUCAUUGAGGAGCUCCCUGGCUGAACUGGGAUCUCUUUGUCAUUAAUAAAGCUGGUCUUCCCUGUCA